AUGGAUAACAACGUGACCGUCAAUCAAGGAGCUACAAGGCGCACACACACUUAUACUUUCCAUCGCGAGGGUAUGGUUCAAUUGGGACAAUUGGGUGAAUUGGUCACUAGUCAUAAUGAAACAGUGUUCAGUGACAAUUAUGGCAACAUAUUAUCUCUUCUGUACUCGCGUGUCGACGAAUGGGCCUUAUCCACUCUUCUUCAGUUCUACGACCCAGAUAUCCGUUGUUUCACAUUUUCAGAUUAUCAGCUAGCUCCCACUCUCGAAGAGUACUCUUACCUCCUCAACAUCAAGAUUCAACACAGAGUGCCUUUUGUUUGUGUCCCGGAGAAACCUAGGUUGGAUUACAUUGCCAACGCUCUUUAUUUGAGCUUGGGAGAUGUUCAUGAUAACUGGAAGAAGAAUGGUGAUACUCAUGGCUUCUACAUGAGUUUCCUGGUUGAAAAAGCUCAAGAAUUUGCUGACAAAGGAAUAUGGGAGGCUUUCAAUGCUAUUUUGGCCGCUCUGAUCUAUGGAAUUGUGAUGUUCCCCAACAUUCACAAGUUCGUUGAUUUGGCUGCUAUAUGUCUUUUUAUGGACAAGAAUCCAAUACCCACCCUAUUGGCUGACACAUAUUAUUCCAUUCACUCGCGGCAUGGUAAAAGGGGGGCUAUUCGAGGUUGCUUGCCGCUGUUAUAUAAAUGGUUCAAAUCUCACUUGCCUGCUAGUGGUCCGUUUGUUACCUCUACUCAGAAAUGGUCUCAGAGAGUCAUGGGACUUACUGCAAACGACAUCGUAUGGUAUCAAUUCCGAACGGGCAUAUCUGAAGUCAUUAUCAGGUGCGGAAACUUUGGUAACGUCCCGCUCAUUGGGACAAGAGGAUGUAUUAACUACAACCCAGUUCUAGCUCUUCGUCAGUUGGGCUAUACCAUGAAGAGUGGGCCUUCGGAUAGAGAGAUUUACCAAUCCGUGUACUUUGAAAAGAGAGCUGACCCUGUAGCGCUUGAGGAAAUCAGGAAGGCCUGGAAUAACAUUCAUAUAGGUGAGAGAUCCACUCUGGGAGCCAAGAAUGCCAUUGCUAUGGAGCCCUACACCGAGUGGGUUAAGGAGAGAGUCAAGACACUUUUGUUACCAUUCCCGGAAGUUCCUCUCUUGUAUGCACAACCCCCGAAGAUAUCAGAAGCUAUGACAAAGAAUGAACUGGCCCGUGAACUUAAAACUCUCAAAGGAGAGUCUUCUCAAGCCAGGAAGAGGGUUAGAACUGAAAAGGACGGAAUAGUUGUUGCUGCUCCUACUGAAGACCCUCAAAAGGUUAUAGAGAAGACUAUAAAGGAAGAAAAAGAGAAGCUCAGACGAGAGUACCAAGAAGACCUGAAAGCCCACAAGCUCCGACUGGAGAAAGAAACCAAAUAUGAGUUGAGGACCAUGAAGAAGAAACUGGAAGAAGAGACCGCUCAGAGAAUAACAGUUGAGACCCAACUGAAAGGAACAAUUGCACCUCCGCCUACACAUCGCUACUACACAAGGGCUAAUCACUCACUGCAAAUGGAUCAGUUAAGGGACGAUCUUAUCCAGAUGAGAACUCAGGUUACUGCUCAGAUGGCUCAGUUCAUGGAAGUCAUGCAAAACAUGGCUGAUCGCCAAGAAGAACUCAGAAUCAGGAUGGACACAGUUGCUCAGGUUGUCGCGGACCCUCCGCAAAGAAAUCCUGCUGAUAUUCGUGUCAAUGGUGAACCUGUGAUCGGAGGACCUGGUGUAAUUCCUCCUGCUGCUAAUCAAGGUAAUCCCCGUGGGCCUCCCCAGCCUACCCUUGAAGGACAUACCACACAACAGAUCAGAAGGGCUGCUGCUAUCCCCGUGUUGGAAGAGGACUGA